UGCCCUGCGGCUCCUUUGGCUCGCUGCUUCCUUGGCUGCACAUCUCUAUGGAGACUCCUCUGGAGAAGGCCCUGACCACCAUGGUCACUACUUUCCACAAAUACUCAGGGAGAGAGGGCAGCAAACUGACCCUGAGUAGGAAGGAGCUAAAGGAGCUGAUCAAGAAUGAGCUGUGUCUUGCUGAAAAGAUGAAAGAGAGCAACAUCGAUGACCUGAUGAAGAGCUUGGACAAAAACAGCGACCAGGAGAUUGACUUCAAGGAGUACUCCAUAUUCCUGACCACCCUGUGCAUGGCCUACAACGACUUCUUCCUGGAGGACAACAAAUGACCUGGACCCCUCUGCCGGGGCGCCAGCCCCUGCGAGCCCCAUCACCCACCCACCUCUGCAGCUCCUUUCACAAGCCCUCCACUCCCUCCCAGAGGACCCCUGCUCCAGGCUUCCCUUCCUGUGGAAGAAAUAAAGAUUUUCC